GUCCACAACAUUCCCAACCAACCAACACGAAUGGAUGAUCAGAUGAUGGAGAUGCAACGCUUGAUGCCUUGUAACUCCCGCCUGGCUGCCUUUAUUAGUUGCCGUUCAUGCCUAUUCGCUGUUUGUCAAAAUUCCCGUGACAAUUGGAUACCACGUAGUAGUGUGGUAAAUGUUCCAUUUAGUCGCUCUGGGACUUGCAAACUUUGUCUCAACCCGCCCAAGUGCUCUAAUGAUGCCAAUAACUGCUCGACUUUUGUGCAGCCGUUUGGUAGGGAGGAUGGGGAGGAACUUUCUUAUAUUUCCUUCAAUGAAUCCAUUUGCGAAAUGUGCAUGUCAGGAGAAGUAAAUGAGGCGAUGUCCUUGCUCUCACAGAUGGAGGCUUUGGGCUCUCGUCCCAAUUUGAAAUCUUACACCCUCUUGAUAACAGCUCUCGGAAAUGUUGGCAGGACCUUGGAAGCUGAUGCUAUCUUCCAGGAAAUGACGAGUCUUGGAUACAGGCCCAGAGUCAAAGCUUUUAAUGUCUUACUUAGAUGUUUCUUGAGAAAAGGCCUGUCUGGGCUCGCUGAUAAGGUUCUACUUACAUUGGAUGACUUGGGAAUACAAAGAAACAGGGAAACCUAUGAAAUUCUUCUCGAGUACCAUGCACGGGCAAAACGUCUGGAGGAUACGUGGUUAGUCAUUGCUGAAAUGAGGAGAGAGGGAUAUCAUCCAAAUUCUUUUGUGUACAGUAAAGUUAUUGAACUUUACAGGGACAAUGGCAUGUGGAGAAAAGCGACAAGCAUUGUUGGAGAGAUACGGGGUAUGGGUUUGUCCCUAGACAGGAAAAUCUAUAACAGCAUAAUUGACACGUUUUGUAAAUAUGGUGAGUUAGGUGAAGCAGUAGAAGUUUUUAAGACAAUGCAGCUGGAGGGUAUAAUGCCGGACAUCACCACCUGGAACUCUUUGAUUCGGUGGCACUGCAAGUUUGGGGAUGUGUCUAAUGCUCUGGAUAUGUUCAUAAGCAUGCAAGAACAAGGCCUGUAUCCUGAUCCAAAGAUUUUCAUUACCAUUAUUUCCCGUUUGGGAGAACAGGGGAAAUGGGAUGUUAUAAAGAAAACUUCUGAGAAUAUCAAGCAUAGAGGGCACCACAGAAGUGGGGCCAUCUACGCUGUUCUGGCUGAUAUUUAUGGGCAAUAUGGGAGAUUUCAGGAUGCAGACAAUUGCAUAAACGCCCUAAGAUCAGAAGGGGUUAAACUUUCAGCAAGUACUUUUUGCAUCAUAGCAAAUGCUUAUGCGCAACAGGGAUUAUGCGAACAGACCAUUAAGGUUCUGCAGCUUAUGGAAGCAGAGGGAAUAGAACUUAACCUUUUAAUGCUAAAUGUGCUGCUCAAUGCAUUUAGCACUGCAGGGAGGCAUUUGGAGGCACUAUCAGUUUUUAACCACAUAAGAGAGAUGGGUUUUUGUCCUGAUGUAGUUACCUACAGCACACUUAUGAAGGCUUUUAUAAGGGCUAAGAAGUUUGAUCAGGUUCCUAGUAUAUAUAAAGAAAUGGAGUAUGCUGGAUGUACACCAGAUAGAAAGGCCAGAGAGAUGCUGCAAGCUGCUGAAAUGGUUCUCCAACAAAGGCAAUUGGAGUUUUUAAGUAAUACACCAUGAUAUCUUCUGCACAUGGCAAGCUGUUAUCACUAAUCAGCCCAGCCCUUCUUCUAAGUUCCAAGUCCUAAGUCCUAUCGGUGGCUGCUGCCCAUAGUGCAAAGCCCAGCAGCACUCCGAUAUGUCAUCCUCUGUUGUAGCAGGUGCUUCAUCUUCUUGCUCAGCUGCUUAUGUGAGAAACCUCUCCCUCAAAUCCAACUCCUCAAUUCCAUCUGCAAAUGCAAAGCGAUUAACUUCCCACUCUGAGAAAUUUAGCUUCCAAGGGUGCUCACUUCAAGAGGUCAAAUGGAGCAUCUCGCUUCUUUGAUGGCUGAGAUCACUACAACUAGUACUAGCAGAGAAGUGAGAACAGGUCUUGAGAUUACAGCAAGAACUGCUGGGGCUUCAAAGACCAUUGAGGUUGAAGUAGACAAACCACUGGACCUAACUUCGGGUCAAAAGUUGGGUGGUGAUGUGGUCAUCACGGAGUAGAAGGUGGUGGCAAUGCUGCAAAAGCAGGGCUCAAGGUUGGCGACCAGGUCCUCCACACAAGCAGCUUCUUUAGGGAUGAACUUUGGCCUGCUGAUAAGCUUGGAUUUACCAAAACCGCUAUUCAGGCAAAGUCAGAUUCCGUCUACUUUGUUGUCAGCAGGCAAGCUCUUCUUUUGUUUUGCUUAUUAAUUUUACAUGCAAAAUUUGUAUUUGGAUUUUAACCCUUUCUGACUUUGAAAUUUACAAGAUAUUUUGGGCCAUAGCUUUGGUAGUGGUACAGAUUCUUUUGAAGAAUUGCUAUGGCAUUGUUUAAGUUUGUAUAGCAUAAAUUGGUGUUUGGACUGGCCUCACUUUCUGUUUGAAGCUGACGGCAGACCAUAAUGUUUCAGUAGAAUGUCCUGAAUUUAUUAUCAA